AUGUACAUGGAUGAAACCGACGUGUUCAGUAAAGCACGCGACCGGGCAUUUACAGCAUCGCAGGUGGAAGUGAAUAUCCUGUUUUGGCGCAACAUGGCCGUUGCCUUUUGUGUUGGCACGGGCAUGGCGCUCUCCGUGGCAGCCAAUCUGUCGUUGUCUCAUUGGGAUGACUUGGAUGAGACAUUGCAGGAAAAGCUACCUGCCAUCUUUACAGGAGCCUUGGCAGUCAACUUUUUCAAUAUCACUGUGAUUAUCUAUCUGUUUGCCCGUCACGUCAUGAGGCUCGUGACAGUCAUGUACACACAAGAAGACCAUACUGAGCAAGAGGAUACCCCCGUCUCGCGCCACAGUCUCAUGGGUCUGCUACCCUCCGUCGUGCCUCCCAAACGCAAUCCCAAAAAGAGACGACCAACUCGCGAGACUCGGUGA